ACACGGUAUCAUUAACUCAAACAUUAAUCCACCAGGCUGAAUUGAACAUAACACCACCUGAGACACGUGACAUGUCCUUAGCUCCACUAGAAGAUCGUCCUAUCACGCGAUCACGGGCCAGACUCCUUCACGAUGAGACACCCAAGUCCAAAUCACACACCAAAUCGUCACAAAAGCGAUCCAAAUCAAAGAAAAACAGAAAGAGGGGCUCCAAGACACCUCUAGUCGUUUCUAACACCACGGAAGAACACCAAGAGCCUGUUGAAACACGAAUUGAUGCUUCUGAAAAAGUAAAUGAGCCAACUCAGGUAGACGAGCACCAGAAUGACAAACCUCUGUUGAAGCCAGUCACCGGGGAUAUUGUGGCUCCAGAUAUGCGUAUAGUGAUGGGAGAUCUUAAUUCUUCUCCUAUAAAGAAGACUGGCGCUCCACCUCACGAUCCGGUGUUGAGUUCUUCACCUUUCAAACUCAGAAAAAACGUGAUGUUUUCAGAUGAUUUGACCAGUGACGUACCUUUCUUACCUCAGGAUGGCCUGCAGAAACCGGUGUGUAUCACGGCCACUCCCAAGAAGUCCAUUCUAAAGGGAAUUGAAGAAGUAGAAUCUCCCCAGGUGGUAAACGAAAGUAGUUUCACCGAGGCUAACUUUGUACCUGAACAACCAACUUUCUGGACCAAAGGGAACAUUGUCCAGCUUCCUGUUGAAUCUCAUCGGCUUGCUAGACUUAUCCAGGGUUGCAUAGCAGUAUUGAAAAUCAAGUCUUUUGAUAAGCGAUUCGAAGUGUAUGCAUCUUUGAACCACAACUUCAAGAGUAAUACUCCUACCUUUGUUGCUUCCUUACUUGUGAGCACUUACAAGCAGUUUUCGCCUUCAAAAGGACUGCCAGGACAAGCACAAGCAUUGGCUCAGUCACCGGAAAAGAAUCUUAUCAGUGUGUUUUCUGCCAUUGUCCAACGGGAUAUCACGUUCAUGGAAGCUAGUCUUUCACUUUCUGAUGACGAGAAGGAGAAUGUCAGCAUACCAAACCAGGGCAAAAAUGACCCUUUUUUCACCCGUACAAUCAGCCAGGCUCUUAAACUUAUAUCAUUUUUCAUGACAGAAGAAGACCUCAACGAAUAUUUGAGCUUAACUGACUUGAGGUGGUUCUAUCUGCAUUCAGCUACGUUGAUGAUGAAACCUAAAAUCUCCAAGACUUUGGCAGUACCAUACCUUAUGAUCGUCAAAGAGUGUAAAUAUCCAUUGAAGAAGAGAAAGUUGUUGUUCAAUAAUAUUAAGGGCAUGGAUAUUCCAGAACAAAUGCUUUUUGCAGUCAUAAACAUGAAGAACUUCCCAAGCAAAUCUCUUGUCAGUGAAAGGCUAAUUGCUGUCAAGAAUUUGGUUCAAAACUUCCCUACCAUGAUGUUGAACAAUUUCAAGCAUUGGUUCGAAAUAUACUUGAUGACUUUAUGUGAUGUUGGAUCUCCAUUUUAUUCCAAGAUCAUUGGAUCCGGGGUUUUGACCUUAUUGGAAAUUGCCAAAGCAUGUCUGAGAGAUAGAGAAGUCAAUUAUAUGACUCAACAGUGUCUUAGUUCACAAAUCACACUGCCAUUCAAGUCAUUUGCAUCAGACUUUGAAUUGGAUUCUACUAGCUUUCCUCAAAAGGGUGUGAGGGUACUCGACCUUGUUAUUCAAACCAUCAAAGAGUUGAUGUUCAAUAAGAGAUACAAGGCUGCCAGUGACAUUUGGGUAGGAAUCUCGCUCAUGGCUUGUGAUAAACAAACUGGGUUCGACCAAUGGGAUAUGGUGCAUGAAUGGACUGGGGUUGUUACUUCUGAAUUGUUGAAGUUACUGCCUGCUGCCCAAGUAGCUUUAAUUUCUUCCUGGAAAGUGGUUGUCUACGAUCUUUGCGUUUCUGAUCUCGACAACUUGGAUAGAUAUAUCAAGUCUGAAGACUUGAAAUUAGGGGAGAGUAUAGAAGUGUCUGACAUCCUCAAACGCAAAUUUGACUUGUUGUUAGUGUUACCUCGGAUUCUCAAAAACGUCAGUUGUGACAACUAUGACAUACUUCAUGCUCUGGAACAGGUUGUGUUGGCCAUCUGCUAUACCAUUUUCAACCAACAGGGAAAGAAUACCAAGUACUUGUCAGUGUACUGGGACAACAUCAUGGUUCCUUUAUUCCAGGAGGUUUUUUUCAAAAAGUCCAAGGGUAUGCAACUCUUCAAUUUUGGUGAGCGUUUGCUUCAAGCCCUCUUGGAUACCACUGCAAAUAAAAAAGAGUACCAAUUCUUGCCAUUCAGGUGUCUUUCGACCGAAGCGUUUGAGUUUUCUGAUGUUCUUCUGUUGAACUCGGCUUGGGUGUUCAAGGAGUAUCCCAGAAUCCUCAAUUUAUUACAAGUGCCUUUAUAUCUGACGGACUUAAGCCCGGAGUAUAAGCUAGACGUGGUUGACAAGUUCCUGCACAUAUUUCCUUCUUUAGUCUUGAAAAGUCCUUCGUCACCAGAGGCAAUCGAGUGUCGUAAACUAGCAUACAACAUCAUUGAACAAGCAUUUUCCAAAGGCAACCCGGCUCUUUUUGUACCCAAGGUUUUCGAUGUGUUGAAAAAAACUUUCGGGUUAGUCAAUUUGACCAACGUGGACAAUGCUGGUGAUAACUCUGCCAACUUCUUGUCACUUCUUUUCUCCAAGAUUGCAGAAUCUACUCCAGAUGUCCAAGAUAAUAUCGUGGAGAAAAUGCUACACCGAAACGGAAGGAAAGACUAUGUGGUGAUUUUGUACUUGAUUAGAUUCGGAAUGCUUGGGAAUCUGAAGGUUGACUUUCAAAAACUGCUCAAGACUUGUGAAGUUGACAUAGGAAGUAGGGUGGAGCUCAAGCUUAUAGGGGCAUUAUUUGAAGUGUUGACAAGUGACUUCACACCAUUUGCAAAAAGAGUUAUCCAGGCUAUUGUGCUUUUGAAUGCUAGGUUAUUUGAAGAGGCAUUGAGCUUGGUCACCAUUCAGAGAUGGUCACCUCCAAUAUUUAAGUUCUUUGUUCUUUUGAUCCAUGAUACUCCAUUCGACUACAUGAAGCAAAUGGCCUUCAACCUAAUACUUCUAAGGUUCGAACAAGCAGAUGAGUUUGUGUCAAUGAUAUCGUUUCUCAUCUCCAGCAGCUUCGACUUAGAGCUAUAUAACCUCAGAAAAGCCAUCAUGAAGAGAGUCCAGUCGAUAAACGAGACCAACUACGCCAAGUUCAAGACAGAAUUUCACGGGUACCUCAACAAUUUAAAGCAGAAUGGCAAUAUGCUUCUCCUCGACGAGUUCCUAGCUACAUGCCAGGAAUAUGGGUUUGAGAUCCUAGACAUUGCUGAAAAUGAAUGGGCCCAAUUCCCUCGCUUGAAAGAAAUGAUGGAGAGCCCCAAACCUUUCAGAACGUGUCUGCCACCUUCUGACGAAGACUCUGAGGUGAUGGAUACGUUUUCUCCGGAGUCAGCAAAUGAGGCAGAGAAUGAUAGUUACAUGGAAGUGGAAAAAGACCUUGUUAGUGAAGAGGAUGAUUUACUGUCUGUUAAGAGUUUUGAGGUUGACAUGCCACAGCGUCUGGUUCUCGAAAUCCCCGAGUCUCCAGAAGCAGACCCGGAAUCUCCUUCGAAACGUCACAGACCCCUUGCGCCUGGAGAACCUGAAUCAUCGUCGAAACGUCCCAAAAUGGAAAUUCAACCAUAUACAAACGGCCAAGACAUCCAAAAAGACGUUCAACUUCUCCUGAAACCGGAUACCAUUGAACAAGUCAAGUACUUUUUGCCAAGAAUAGACACCACCAUACAAGCCAAGUAUUCACUGCAAGAAACAAAUGACACUACAAGCAGCACAGAAGCUGAGUCAGAAGGCUCGAGCAAAAAUACCGCCGAACUAGAUCGGAUUAUGCAUGUGUUCAACAACUUCGAUCAAGAAUCCAUGCGGCUUCUCACACCAAACGACCGUGACCAACUUGAGUGCCGGCUUCUACAAUUCAUGUUGCAGCUCAAACAGUCCAAACCGUAGCAUUAUAUACAAAAAUGAACAAAUUUGCAAAUC